AUGACCCAGGUUGCAUACCCUUUUGAUGAAGACUUUACAAUUAAAUGUGAAGCUAAAGGAAAUCCACAACCCACUUUUAAUUGGACUAAAGAUGAGAAACCAUUCAAUCUACUAUCUGAUCCCAGGAUAAUUGCAUCUGAAAAUUCAGGAACAUUUGUGAUCCAAAAUCAGGGGAUCAUAGCUGAUUUUCAAGGGAAAUAUCGUUGUUAUGCUUCAAAUGAACUGGGAACUGCCAUGUCAGAAGAAAUUGAAAUAAUAGUUCCGAGUGUACCAAAAUUCCCAAAAGAAAACAUUGAGCCAAUUGAGGUUGAGUAUGGUGAUGCUGUGGUUUUGCACUGUAAUCCUCCCAGAGGAAUUCCACCUUUGCAUAUCUAUUGGAUGAAUAUUGAUUUACAACACAUUCCACAAGAUGAAAGGGUCUCCAUGAGCCUUCAGGGAGAUCUGUACUUUGCAAAUGUGGAAGAAAAUGACAGUCGAAGUGAUUAUUGUUGCUUUGCAGCAUUUCCCAAGCUGCGGACAAUUGUACAGAAAAUGCCAAUGACACUGAUGGUUACACGUAUUAAACAUACUAAUGACUCAAGCUCACCUAAUGCUGCUGUUACUAAAGCUAAUUUCAUCAAGGAAAGAAAACCCAAAAUACUGAUACCACCCGAAUCUUCUGGUAGCAGCUCAGCAGUUAUUGUCAUCAAAGGGGGAGUUCUUCUGCUUGAAUGCAUUGCUGAAGGGCUCCCAACUCCGCAUCUUAACUGGAUCAAGGUUGGUAGAGAUUUGCCCAAGGACAGAGCAGUGACAGAAAGUUUUGGAAAGAUUUUGAAGAUAAAACAAGUAUCUGCAGCAGAUGAAGGCACUUAUGAGUGCACAGCAAGCAAUUCUGUGGGGAGAGCGAAACAUGAGUUUCAAGUUCACGUGGAAGAACCUCCUCGGUGGAUAAAGAAACCCAUAAGUGAUGUUUACAGCAUAGAGUCAACUGCUUUGCUAUUGUGUGAAGCUACUGGCAAGCCUGAGCCAACUAUAAAGUGGAGACUUAAUGGAAUGCCUAUUGAUAAAAGGACCUAUAGAGGCAGAGUAUCUGCCGGGGAGAUCAGCAUUACCAACCUACAACCGCAGGACAGCGCAGUGUAUCAGUGUGAGGCAACUAACAAGCAUGGCACCAUCCUUGCCACUGCCAAUGUGAAUGUUUUAAAUAUUGCUCCAUUAGUGCUAACCUCAGACAGUGAAGACUACGCCACAGUUGUUGGUUACAAUGCUUUCUUGCACUGUCAAGUUUUUGCUUCACCUCCCGCUGUCAUUAUUUGGAUGAGGGACGACAGCACCAUGCCACUUGAAGGUCUGCGGUACACUGUAUAUGAAAAUGGCACCUUGGAGAUCAGAGAGACAAAGAAAGAAGAUUCUGGGUCAUACACUUGUUGGGUGACAAAUUUGGGUGGAAAAAGUGCAAUCACUGCCAAUCUGGGUAUCAGAGAUGCUACAAAACUUGUUGUUACUCCUGAAAACCCUCAAGUGUUGAAAUCACGUUCAGUUUUAUUGAAAUGUCAGUCUGAAUAUGACUCACACUUGAAACAAAGUUUUAAAUUAUCCUGGAGGAAAGAUGGAGAUGAGUUGCAAAUCAACAGCACAGAAGAUGGCAGGAUAAUUACUGAAAUGGAUACAUUGUUCAUAUCAAGUGUGACAUUCGAGGAUCAAGGCGUUUACACUUGUGUGGCUAGUACAUCCCUGGACAGUGUCACAGCUGAAUUCCAAUUAAUUGUCCUUGAUGUUCCUGACCCACCAGAAGAGCUGCUUCUCUCAGAAAAACAGAACAGAAGUGUUAGAUUAUCCUGGAAAGCAGGAGACAGUCACAACAGUCCCAUUUAUGAGUCCAUUGUAGAAUUUGAAGCAAAUCGUUGGGAGCCUGGGAAGUGGCAGGAACUCAUAAGAAUCCCAGGGAACAACACAACCGUUGUUUUAUCAUUGGCUCCUUAUAUAAGUUACCAGUUCCGUGUUAUAUCCAUUAAUGGUGUUGGAAGAAGCAAGGCUAGCGCAUCAUCAACACGCUAUGAAACACCUCCCACUGCUCCAGACAAGAACCCAGAAAACAUCCGAGUCGAAGCUCCUGAACCAAAUGAAAUGGUUAUGAAAUGGGAGCCAUUGAAACCCAUGGAGCAAAAUGGACCAGGACUGGAGUACAAAGUCAGCUGGCGACAGCAGGGAGUCGAGACAGACUGGAACGAAGAAACCGUGAAAAAACAUUCCUUGACAUUGAGGAAUACGCCUACCUUUGUGCCUUAUGAUAUCAAAGUCCAAGCUGUAAACAAUUAUGGAUCUGGUCCUGAACCAAAUGUUACCACUGGAUAUUCAGGAGAGGAUAUUCCAGAUGCUGCUCCUUCAAGUGUAAUGGUGGAAGUGAUGAAUAGUACACUAGUUAAAGCGAUCUGGUCUGGCAUUCCAAGAGACCGCGUUCAUGGACACUUAAAAGGAUAUAAGGUCAUUUGGUGGAAAACAAGGAGUUUGCUGGAUGGAAAACAACAUCGCCCAGACAAACACUUCCUAAUAUUUACAGGAGACAGAAACUAUGGCAUGAUUCCUGGUCUAGAGCCAUUUAGUGAAUUUCACUUAACCGUUCUGGCUUUCAAUGCAAAAGGAGCUGGUCCUGAAAGCUCUCCAACCAUAUUCCAAACUCCAGAAGGAGUAAAUGAGACAGAUGAGAUUGGAGGACUGAAUGACGUCAAUAUUACAAACCCUUCGACUUUCAGCUGGAGGUUUUCAAAUCUGAGCUCCAGCACCAAGUAUAAAUUCUAUGUGAGGGCCUGUACUAUAAAAGGCUGUGGAAAACCAAUCACAGAAGAAGGACUAACAAUAACAGAAGGCAGUAAAGGGAUCGGGAAGAUUUCAGAAGCAGUAAAUCCCACCCAAAAGUUUCACCCCAUUGAGGCACUUGAGCCCGGAACUGAAUAUACAGUUCGUCUAGUGACUAAGAAUUGGGUUGAUAACAAUAGCAUUUUUGAAGAUGUAAUUGAGACGAGGGAGAGAGCUUAUGCCGGCAUUUAUGAGGGAAUUUCCACCCAAGGCUGGUUUAUUGGACUGAUGUGUGCCAUCGCUUUGCUUACCUUAGUGCUGCUAACGAUGUGCUUUGUCAAAAGAAAUAAAGGAGGAAAAUACUCAGUGAAAGAAAAAGAGGAUUUGCAUCCAGAUCCUGAAGCUCAAUCAAUUAAAGAUGAGAUCUUUGGGGAAUAUAGUGACAGCGAUGAGAAGCCACUCAAAGGCAGCCUCCAGUCACUUAAUGGAGACAUUAAAGCUACGGAAAGUGCUGAUAGUUUGGUAGAUUAUGGAGAAGGGGACCAAGGGAUGUUUAAUGAAGACGGUUCAUUUAUUGGCGCUUACGCUGGAUCUAAGGAAAAAGGAUCAGUCGAAAGCACUGGAAGUUCUACAGCAACAUUUCCUCUCCAUGCAUAA